UUUUUUUUUUUUUUUGGCGAGUUCGAGGAGCAAGAUCCAGCGUUAUAAAUACGGCCCUCCAGCCGUCGAAACAAUAUGAGCACCUUCAUCCCGAGACACACAAGCGUCCGGCUGCUGGUUCAUGAUCUUUGUGAGAAAGAUGCUGCAGCAACAUCUCAGAGUGAGGAGCGCGUUUCCACUGGCCAAGUGGAUGGAGAAGUGGCUGGAGGGCGCAGCGGCCCGGCCGGUGCGCGCAACGCGCCCCGCGGUGCGCACCCUGGACGACAUGCCCGGGCCGUCGGUGGCCAGCUUCGCUUGGGACUUAUUCGCCAAGGGAGGGCUGUCACGUCUGCACGAGUUACAGCUGGAGGGUGUGCAGAAAUAUGGCCCCAUGUGGAAAGCAAGCUUUGGCCCCAUCCUGACGGUUCAUGUGGCGGAUCCAGCACUUAUAGAGCAGGUCCUGAGGCAGGAGGGGCAGCACCCCAUGCGCUCAGACCUUUCCUCCUGGAAGGACUACAGGAAGCUCCGAGGACAUCACUGUGGGCUUUUGACAUCUGAGGGGGAAGAGUGGCAGGCGGUGAGAAGUCUCCUGGGGAAACACAUGCUGCGACCCAAGUCUGUGGAGGCUUAUGAUAAAACCCUGAACAGUGUGGUCAGUGACCUCAUUGCCAAACUUCACCAAUGCAGAAGUCCUCAAGGCCUCGUCACGGACAUCGCCAGCGAGUUCUAUCGCUUUGGCCUCGAGGGUAAAGGCCCCCUAAGAGCAUACACAGCUUUCAGUUUGCUCAUCCCAUUUCCUCUCUCGCUCAUGUCCUCUGUCAUUUCCCUCUUGACAGGUAUUUCUUCAGUAUUAUUUGAAUCCAGAAUUGGUUGCCUGGACCCGGUCGUUCCUGAAGAGACGGAGCGUUUUAUCCAGGCGAUCAACUCCAUGUUUGUGAUGACACUUCUUACCAUGGCCAUGCCAAGCUGGUUGCACCAGUUGUUCCCCAAACCCUGGAAAGUCUUCUGUCAGUCCUGGGACUACAUGUUUGAAUUUGCGAAAGGCCACAUUGACCAGCGUGUGGCUGCCGAAGCAGAGAAGGUUAGCAGAGGAGAGAAGGUGGAGGGCCGUUAUCUCACCUAUUACCUGGCACAGAUGGGGCUGCCCAUGAAAACUGUCUACAGCAACGUCACAGAGCUGCUUCUUGCAGGAGUCGACACAAUCUCCAGCACUAUGUCCUGGUCAUUAUAUGAGCUAUCCCGUCACCCAGAGGUACAAGCCUCACUCAGAGAGGAGGUGCUAAAUGUGCUGGGGGGUCGAAAGAUACCAGAUGCUGCAGACGUGGCCCGGAUGCCUCUCCUGAAGGCCACAGUAAAAGAAGUGCUCAGGUUGUACCCAGUUAUUCCUGCUAAUGCGAGGGUCAUUACAGAAAGAGACAUCCAGGUUGGAGGCUACCUAAUUCCUAAAAAUACUCUGAUUACCUUAUGCCACUUUGCAACGUCACGGGACCCAGCAGUGUUUCCAAAUCCACAUGAGUUCCAGCCCCAUCGCUGGUUUAACAAGGACCAGGCUCAUCACCCGUACGCCUCGUUACCAUUCGGCGUGGGAAAACGCAGCUGCAUAGGUCGCCGUAUUGCUGAACUGGAACUCUACCUCGCUCUAGCCCGGAUCCUAACAGAGUUUGAUGUGAAGCCGGACCCAGAGGGAGUUUCUGUGAAGCCGAUGACACGGACCCUUCUAGUUCCUGAAAAUGUCAUUAGCCUCCAGUUUAAUGCACGAUGACCUAGUCUCUUGACACGAGCGAACACGAGUCCCCCACCCGCUGUGACGAGAUCUAGCAGGCGGCGUUAUCAUAAGCACUGUGAGCCAGCUGCGUGCAGUGGUUCAUGUCAGAGCCGGCCUUCAACCUUUGGCACAGUAACGACCAAAGCCCUCCUCAGCUGCAGCCCAGUUCCUGCAGGUAGACACGUGGAGGAGCGCAAAUGAAAGAAGGAUGAAGGCUGAUGGCACAUCACAGAAGCAAUGGAACGAAAGAAUCUUCAAAUCGUUUAGCACAGAGGCCCAAAGCACCAAAGUCUUUCACUCCUGUUUUUUUUUUUUUUUCUGUCAGUGGACAAAUCAUCAGACUGUAGUUUUGGACUUGCAUUGUAACAAACCGAGAGACAUUUCUUGGAAUUUGCCACAACACAGCAGUUGUCAGAUUUUCACUGAAUCAGGUUAUACAUCUUAUUAACAGUGAUCUGUUUGCACUCUUAAAUAUGCAGUAUCUGCAAUUUCCUAUGUCCCCUGACAAUUGAAAUGCUUCAUUGGAAAACAUAUCUGGUAUAAGAGGAUGCACAGAGUAAUAUGAGAGACUCAGCUGCUCCAUAGUGAUUCUGUUUUGUAAUAUCAGCUGCUGAGUUGAUAUGAUGCUGAAUAUACUGAUGCGGGUAUGUUUUAUCAGAUGCUUUCAGGUGGAAUAUUCAAAUACAAAAAAGAAUAAAAGGCAGCUGUUGAUAUUCCUAUGUGGGAGUACAUGGUGCCAAUGAAAUUCCAGAUGUACAGGCAUUCAGGCUGAAUAAAUUCAUAUAUGUUGACUUUGGCUCAACAAUACAGCACAGUGCAGGAUCAUCUGCAUAUUUUUUACACUGAAACUUAUUGUUAAUGAUAUUACAAUAUUUAGCAAAAUCUUAAGCAUUGUAUUUAUUUGAAGUUGGUAUUAUAAAUGAUAAUAAAAAACUUUAAAGUUGA